AUGGAUAUUUUCAAUGAAAAUAAUAAUUCAUGCGUUCAAGCAAUAUCGACAAACGAUUCAGCAAUGUCGUCAUAUGAGUCUUCGAAUAAGAAUUUCGCCAAUGGAACUUCGUCGAAUAAUGAAUGUGGCAAAAAUAUGGAAUAUGACGAAAUUUCGGCAUUUUGUCAUCUUCCUUUUAUUAAGAUAAUUUACAACUUUGUUAAAACCGACGGUUGUAAACCGAUUUGUAUCUGCAAAAAAGGAUAUACAAAAAAUGAGGAACAAUUGUGUAUAUUGAUACGUACACAUCCUUUAUUACGAAUGAAUUACGAUUAA